GAGGGGCAGAAGGUCGGUUGUCGCUCGAUUGAACGACGAGGGAAUUCAUUGCCCGCCAAGGGACGGUGCAACCCGGCUCUUGUCCCUCCGUUCCGCGGCCCCAAAAAGGCAGAUAGGGGUCAAUCGGCUCGGUCGUCGUCUUGAGGCUCAAUGUAUAAAAGGGAUGGGGUGUUUACCCCGCCCCCCUCCAUGGGAUUGAGUUGGACUCGCUUGUCAAUUUGGAGAUGGGGAAUAAUAGUAAACCACUGACCCCAAGGGAACAUCAACCUCAUCAUUACUUUCCACUCCAACAGGAAUCAUCGCAAACAACAUGGCUUCAGGAACCACGACUAUAAAAUGGGGCAUCAUGGCCACGGGGUGGAUCGCCGAGACCUUCGUCAAGGACCUCCUCACCGACCCCGCAACCCGCGGCGUCUCCGACGUCCGCCACGCCGUCGCGGCCGUGGCGUCGUCCACGUCGGCCGACAAGGCCGCCGCCUUCCUGGCCAAGGUGGACGCGCCGGGCCGCGACGGCAUCGCGACGUACGGGUCGUACGCCGGGCUGGUGGCCGACCCGGACGUCGACAUCGUCUACGUCGCGACCCCGCACAGCCACCACUUCCAGAACGCCAUGCUGGCCCUGCGCGCCGGCAAGCACGUGCUGUGCGAGAAGGCCUUCGCCGUCACGGCGGCCCAGGCGCGCAAGCUGGCCGACGAGGCGAGGGCGCGCGGCCUGUUCCUGAUGGAGGCCGUGUGGACGCGCUACUUUCCCAUGAGCGUCAAGAUCAGGCGGCUGAUCGGGGAUGGGGCCAUCGGAAAGGUGCACCGCGUCAUUGCCGACCUGUCCAUCAACCACAGCCGGCCCGACGGCAGCCUCAGCUUCCCCAACGACCACCGCAUGCUCAACCCGGCCCUGGCCGGCGGCGCCCUGCUCGACCUGGGCGUCUACUCGCUCACCUGGGUCUUCCAGGCCCUAUACCACGCCCAGCCCCCUUCGGACCGCGAGACCCCGACCGUCGUCAGCGCCAGCGUGCGGCACGCCGGCACGGGCGCCGACGAGUCGACCAGCACGGUGCUGACUUUCCCCCGGGCCGGCGCCGUCGGCGUGGCGCUCACGUCGCUGCGCGUCGGGUCCACCUACGAGCCCGGCGGCUCCUUUGCGCGCAGCCCCGCCAUCCGCAUCCAGGGCACGCGCGGCGAGAUCCAGGUGCUGGGGUACGCGUACCGGCCCGACGGGUUCCGGGUGCUGCGGCGGGUCGGAGACGACGGCAAAGCGGAGGUGGUGGAGGUGGAGGAGGAGGAUUUCGUGGUGCCCAAAGACCCGGCCAGGGCGGGCUGGGGCCACGGCAUGUUCUGGGAGGCCGACGAGGCGGCGCGGUGCGUGCGCGACGGCAGGCUCGAGAGCGACGGCCUCCCGCUCGACGAGAGCGUCGUCAUGAUGCAGGUCAUGGAGGAGGCGCUGCGCCAGGGCGGCGUCAAGUACCCGGACCUCAUCACCACCGACGUCUACGACCCGGAGAGCCCGCUCAACACGGGGAGGGGGUAG